UAAAUCCAGAGCUAGAUCAGGUUUCUUCUCUAUAUAAACCCCUGCCAUAGAGUAUAGCUCUUUAGCUGUGCUCUCUCUCUCUCUCUCUCUCUCUGUGAAGCCAUGGGUUUCCAGAGUUCUUCUGCAAUGGUGAUCUUAAAGCUCAUUUUCAUCUCAAGCUUGAUUGUGUUCAUCAGUUUUAUAGCAUCAAGUGAAGGUCGCCAACUCGAGAAAUCACAAGCUGAAAAUACAGGAAAUGGAAAGGAAAAUGCAGAAAAAAUGGAGCAAUCAAACAAGAACAAAGAUGAUGAUGAUCAUGAUAAGAAGGAUCACUUGGGUGAGAAGAAGAACUUGCCACCUCUUCCGGGAAUACUUCCAUUUGCACCCCUAUUCCCCAGUUUCCAAUUUCCAUUUCCGCCACCUAUUACUCAAUUCCCGUUUCCUCCUCCAUUUGAGGUUCCUGGAAUCGCCCCAGUGCAUAGGAUUCCUAUGUUACCACCCCUCCCUCCAAUAUUCAAUAUUCCACCCAUCCCUUCCUCUCACCUCCCCCUGCUUAAGUUGCCAUGCAUAUCUUGUGAAGGUGUGGUUUGGUUGUAGCUAGGCUUUGUAGCACACAUGAGUUGCCUUUUCUUUCACUGCUAAGUAGUUAUUGAUCAGACGAUCAUUUGUCUUCUGAAGUUGGCCAACAUAGUUAAGUUCCUGGAAAAGUUGAGGACUUGAAAUAUAUUCAUGAGAGCAGCCAAGCUUGCUUUACCUUGCUAUACGGUAAAGCUUGAAAGACCAUGCAAUAUUUAGAGAUAUACUGAUGAUCAGCCCCAACAUGCAUGAAACUAAUUUAAUAGCUCUCUGAAGUGCUUUCCAA